UCCUCUUCACCUGCCCUCUGUGUUUCAGUCACUUUCAGCCGAAAGCCUUGAUCUCAUCUUUCAUCUGAGCUGAGCCCACAGUACUGCAGCCAUGGGGGAUGCAGAGAUGUCUGUGUAUGGUGCGGCAGCCCAGUACCUGAGGAAGUCGGAGAAGGAGCGAAUGGAGGCCUCCACGCGUCCGUUCGACAUCAAGAAGGAAUGCUUCGUCCCGGAUCCGGUGGAGGAGUUCGUGAAGGCGACCGUCGUCAGCCGGGAGGGAGAUAAGGUCACUGUGGACACACAGAAUGGGAAGACUGUUACUGUCAAAGAGGCAGACGUUCUGCAACAGAACCCUCCCAAGUUUGACAAGAUCGAGGACAUGGCCAUGCUGACCUUCCUCCAUGAGCCAGCGGUGCUGUUUAACCUCAAAGAGCGCUACGCAGCGUGGAUGAUCUAUACCUACUCUGGGCUGUUCUGUGUGACUGUCAACCCCUACAAGUGGCUGCCAGUCUACAACCAAGAGGUGGUUGUUGCCUACAGGGGCAAGAAGAGGAGUGAAGCUCCUCCUCACAUCUUCUCCAUCUCUGACAAUGCCUACCAGUACAUGCUGACAGACCGUGAAAACCAGUCAAUUCUGAUCACAGGAGAAUCUGGUGCAGGAAAGACUGUGAACACCAAGAGAGUCAUCCAGUACUUUGCAAGUAUUGCAGCUGGAGGUGUUAAGAAAGACCCCAACGCAAAAGACAAGGGCACCCUGGAGGAUCAAAUCAUUCAGGCUAAUCCUGCUCUGGAGGCCUUUGGAAAUGCUAAGACCAUCAGGAAUGACAACUCCUCCAGAUUUGGUAAAUUUAUCCGAAUUCACUUUGAUACCAGAGGAAAAUUAGCUUCUGCUGAUAUCGAGACAUACCUGCUAGAGAAAUCUCGCGUGACCUUCCAACUCAAGGCUGAGCGAGAUUAUCACAUUUUCUACCAGAUUCUCUCCAACAAGAAACCCGAAAUCCUGGAGAUGCUGCUGAUCACAAACAAUCCGUACGAUUAUGCAUUCAUCUCUCAGGGGGAAACUCAAGUGGCCUCCAUAGAUGACGCAGAGGAACUGAUGGCAACUGACAGUGCCUUUGAUGUGUUGGGCUUUACUCAAGAAGAAAAAAACUCUGUGUACAAGCUCACCGGCGCCAUCAUGCAUUAUGGCAACAUGAGGUUUAAGCAGAGGCCUCGUGAGGAGCAAGCAGAGGCCGACGGCACCGAGGAUGCUGACAAAGUUGCAUAUCUGAUGGGCCUGAACUCUGCUGACCUCAUCAAAGGUCUCUGUCACCCAAGGGUCAAAGUGGGGAAUGAGUGGGUCACCAAGGGACAAAAUGUUGCCCAGGUGUACUAUGCUAUUGGAGCUUUGUCCAAAGCUGUUUAUGAGAAGAUGUUCCUCUGGAUGGUCAUGAGAAUCAACCAGUCACUGGAGACAAAGCAGCCUCGCCAGUAUUUCAUUGGAGUGCUGGACAUUGCUGGGUUUGAGAUCUUUGAUUUCAACACCUUUGAGCAGCUGUGCAUCAACUUCACCAAUGAAAAACUGCAACAGUUUUUCAACCACCACAUGUUUGUGCUGGAGCAGGAAGAAUACAAGAAAGAGGGGAUUGAAUGGACUUUCAUUGACUUUGGCAUGGAUCUGCAGGCCUGUAUUGAUCUGAUUGAAAAGCCCAUGGGUAUCAUGUCCAUCCUGGAAGAGGAGUGCAUGUUUCCCAAAGCCUCUGAUGCUACAUUUAAAGCUAAGCUUUAUGACAAUCAUCUCGGAAAAUCAAACAACUUCCAGAAACCCAGGAUUGUCAAAGGCAAACCAGAGGCCCAUUUUGCCCUGGUCCACUAUGCUGGAACUGUUGAUUAUAACAUCAACAACUGGCUGGUGAAGAACAAGGAUCCUCUGAAUGAGACCGUUGUUGGUCUUUACCAGAAGUCAACACUCAAACUGCUUUCUACUCUCUUUGCAAAUUAUGCAGGAGCUGAUUCAGCAAUAUCUGAAGGCAGUGAGGGUAAAAAAGAAAAGAAGAAGAAAGGAUCAUCAUUUCAGACUGUGUCCGCUCUCCAUAGGGAGAACUUGAAUAAGUUGAUGACCAACCUGAGGUCUACCCACCCCCACUUUGUGCGCUGCAUCAUCCCCAACGAGACCAAGACUCCUGGGGCCAUGGAGAAUCCUCUGGUGAUGCACCAGCUGCGCUGUAACGGCGUGCUGGAAGGCAUCAGGAUCUGUAGGAAAGGCUUCCCUAACAGGAUCCUCUAUGGAGACUUCAAGCAGAGAUAUCGUAUCUUAAAUCCUGCUGCCAUUCCUGAGGGACAGUUCAUUGACAGUAGAAAGGGAGCCGAAAAACUUCUUGGAUCUCUUGAUAUCGAUCACAACCAGUACAAGUUUGGGCACACUAAGGUGUUCUUCAAGGCUGGACUGCUGGGUCUACUCGAGGAGAUGAGAGAUGAGCGCCUUUCCAAAAUCAUUACUGCAAUUCAAGCCAGGUCUCGUGGUCUUUUGUCUCGCAUAGAGUAUCAGAGGAUGGUGGAGCGCAGAGAUGCCCUAUUGGUAAUCCAGUGGAACAUCCGCGCCUUCAUGGGGGUCAAGAAUUGGCCCUGGAUGAAGUUGUUCUUCAAGAUCAAACCUCUGUUGAAAUCAGCUGAAGCAGAAAAGGAGAUGGCCAACAUGAAGGAAGAAUUCCUGAAACUGAAGGAGGCCUAUGCAAAAUCUGAAGCUCGCAGAAAAGAGCUGGAGGAGAAAAUGGUCUCCCUUCUCCAAGAGAAGAAUGACCUGCAGCUCCAAGUCCAAACUGAACAAGAUAAUCUCUGCGAUGCAGAGGAGCGAUGUGAGGGCCUGAUCAAAAAUAAAAUCCAACUGGAAGCAAAAAUCAAGGAGUUGACAGAAAGACUGGAGGAUGAGGAGGAGAUGAAUGCUGAACUGACUGCAAAGAAGAGAAAGCUGGAGGAUGAAUGCUCUGAGUUAAAGAAAGACAUUGACGACUUAGAGCUAACUCUGGCAAAGGUGGAGAAAGAGAAACACGCUACAGAAAACAAGGUCAAGAACCUCACAGAGGAGAUGGCUGCUUUGGACGAAAUCAUCGCCAAGCUCACAAAGGAGAAAAAAGCUUUACAAGAAGCUCAUCAACAAACCCUGGAUGACCUGCAGAGUGAAGAAGACAAAGUCAACACUCUGACCAAGGCCAAGACGAAGCUGGAGCAGCAAGUGGACGACCUUGAAGGAUCUCUUGAGCAAGAAAAGAAGAUUAGGAUGGAUCUUGAGAGGGCAAAGAGGAAGCUGGAGGGUGACUUGAAGUUGAGCCAGGAGUCCAUAAUGGAUCUUGAAAAUGAUAAGCAACAGCUGGAGGAGCGCCUGAAAAAGAAAGACUUUGAAAUCAGUCAGCUGAACAGCAAACUGGAAGAUGAGCUGGCUAUAAUCAGCCAACUUCAGAAGAAGUUAAAAGAGCUGCAGGCCCGUGUGGAGGAACUGGAGGAAGAGCUUGAAGCAGAACGAGCUGCUCGAGCCAAGGUGGAGAAGCAGAGAGCAGACUUGGCAAGAGAGUUAGAGGAGAUCAGUGAGAGACUGGAGGAGGCUGGAGGAGCCACAGCGGCCCAGAUAGAGAUGAACAAGAAGAGGGAGGCCGAGUUUCAGAAACUCCGCAGAGACCUCGAAGAGGCCACCCUGCACCAUGAAGCCACCACUGCCACACUCAGGAAGAAACAAGCCGACACUGUUGCUGACCUGGGAGAGCAGAUCGACAACCUGCAGAGAGUCAAGCAGAAGCUGGAGAAGGAGAAGAGUGAGCUUAAACUGGAGCUGGAUGAUGUUGUGUCCAGUAUGGAGCAGAUUGUCAAGUCCAAGACUAUCCUGGAGAAAACUUGCAGAACUUUAGAGGAUCAAACGAAUGAAUACAGAACAAAAUGUGAUGAAUACCAAAGAUCUCUCAAUGACUUCACCACCCAGAAAGCCAAACUUCAAGCUGAAAAUGAUGAGCUUUCAAGACAAAUGGAGGAGAAAGAGUCACUUAUUUCUCAGCUCACCAGAGGAAAAAAUUCCUACAAUCAACAGCUUGAAGACCUAAAACGACAACUGGAAGAAGAGAUAAAGGCCAAGAAUGCACUAGCCCAUGCGGUGCAGUCUGCUCGUCAUGACUGUGACCUCCUCAGGGAGCAGUACGAGGAGGAGCAGGAAGCCAAGGCUGAACUUCAGCGCAGCAUGUCCAAGGCCAACUCUGAGGUGGCUCAGUGGAGAACCAAGUACGAAACUGAUGCCAUCCAGAGAACUGAAGAACUGGAGGAAGCUAAAAAGAAGCUGGCUCAGCGUCUGCAGGAGGCUGAGGAGGCUGUUGAAGCAGUGAAUGCUAAAUGCUCCUCUCUGGAGAAGACCAAACACAGGCUGCAGAAUGAGAUUGAAGAUCUCAUGGUGGAUGUGGAGAGGUCUAAUGCUGUUGCUGCUACACUGGACAAGAAGCAAAGAAAUUUUGACAAAGUCUUGUCAGAGUGGAAGCAGAAAUAUGAAGAAUCUCAGUGUGAGUUGGAGAGUUCUCAGAAAGAAGCCAGAUCAUUGAGCACUGAACUCUUCAAACUUAAAAACUCUUAUGAAGAGUCUCUUGAACAUCUGGAGACCAUGAAGAGGGAGAACAAGAACCUACAAGAGGAAAUUUCUGACCUCACUGAGCAACUUGGUGAAGGUGGGAAAACCGUUCAUGAGCUGGAAAAAGCUCGAAAGCAGCUGGAGCAGGAAAAAGGGGAGAUUCAGUCUGCGCUGGAGGAAGCAGAGGGUUCCCUUGAACACGAGGAAGGCAAGAUACUGAGAGUUCAGCUUGAGUUUAACCAGAUUAAGAGUGAAAUGGAGCGUAAACUGGCUGAGAAAGAUGAGGAAAUGGAGCAGUGCAAGAGGAACCUGCAGAGGACAAUCGACACCCUGCAGAGUUCUCUUGAGGCCGAGUGCCGCAGCAGGAAUGAAGCCCUUCGUCUGAAAAAGAAGAUGGAGGGAGACCUCAACGAGAUGGAGAUCCAGCUUAGCCAAGCCAACAGGCAGGCGGCUGAGGCCCAGAAACAACUCAAGUUGGUUCAUGCACAUCUGAAGGAUUGCCAAAUUCAGCUGGAUGAGUCGGUUCGGGCCAACGAUGAUUUUAAAGAGAACAUGGCCAUUGUUGAAAGACGCAACAACCUGCUUCAGGCAGAGCUGGAGGAACUGAGGGGCGCUUUAGAGCAAACCGAACGAAGCCGCAAACUUGCUGAGCAAGAGCUGCUGGAUGUUAGUGAGCGGGUGCAGCUACUGCACUCACAGAACACCAGCCUGAUAAACCAGAAGAAGAAGCUGGAGGGUGACACAGUCCAGCUUCAAUCUGAAGUGGAGGAUGCACUGCAGGAAUGCAGAAAUGCUGAAGAGAAGGCCAAGAAGGCCAUCACUGAUGCUGCCAUGAUGGCAGAGGAGCUGAAGAAAGAGCAGGACACCAGCGCUCACCUGGAGCGCAUGAAGAAGAACAUGGAGCAGACCAUCAAAGAUCUGCAGCACCGUCUGGAUGAAGCUGAACAGAUCGCCAUGAAGGGAGGCAAGAAGCAGAUCCAGAAGCUCGAGUCAAGGGUGCGGGAGCUAGAAAACGAAGUAGAAAUGGAGCAGAAGAAAAGCAGCGAAGCUGUGAAAGGAGUCCGUAAAUAUGAGCGCCGCAUCAAGGAGCUGACCUAUCAGACUGAGGAAGAUCGAAAAAAUAUCGCCCGACUGCAAGACCUGGUGGACAAACUGCAGCUGAAAGUCAAAGCUUACAAAAGAUCUGCGGAGGAGGCUGAGGAACAGGCUAACGUUCAUCUUUCCAAGUUCCGAAAGCUGCAGCAUGAGCUGGACGAGGCUGAAGAGAGAGCUGACAUCGCCGAGUCUCAAGUCAACAAGUUGCGGGUCAAGAGCCGUGACUCUGGCCCCAAGAAAGGGUUUGAUGAGGAGUGAAUCGUUGGAGUCUGUGGAAAUAUUUCUGCCUGCCGUGUAUUAUAGAUCCCCUUCACUGUCACUGUUCACAUCCUGUAGUCCAAAUAAAACCACAUUAAGAAGUGCAGUCCACACAUUCUUGUGUUUUUUAAUCUUAUCCUGAACAAUGUGUUGAAGGGAAAUGAGAAAGCACUUUUCAAAUUUUUAAUUAGACAUAAGAAAUUGAUAUGUGGGAUGGCAAACAAAGCUCUCAGUAUGAAGCUGCUUAAUAUAGACUAGGAUAAUUAGUUUUUCUUUUACACAAUUAUAAGUUGGAAUAGAACAGAAAUAGCCUUGGUUGUCCAUAGUCUAGAAAUUCCUCAAAUAUGUAGUCUAUUUUGAAGUAUAAAUAUAAAAAUUAUCACUCACAGCACGAUGACAUCACUACCAUACUUGACGUUUUUGGAUUAAUAAUAAAAGCCAGGUCCCUCCUCCAAAACCAACAUAUUUAAAUUGAUAUUAAUAUUUGUUUGGGUGUCUGCAUAUAUUUGAGCUUCUGUUGUUGAUUUUCUCUGUGUUCAGUUGUGUCCUAAAAUGCCCAAAUUUAAUAAAAACGUUCAUGUACA